AGCCCAUUACGGUUGGCGCUUGAGGGAGAGAAACAGAGGAGGGGACGACAGGAGAGGACCCGAGGGCAGUGGACAAGCUUUUGACUCCAUAUGUAGGAUCUUCAUUGCGAACUCACAUAGGAGGAGAAGAAGGCUCCUCCAGGAUGGGCACUGACCACCGGACUUUCCUGCUUCUAGGCUGUCUCCUCACAGGCCUGCGCCUCCCCGCCGCUCAGCUGUCCUUCCCCUCCAUCCUCCCCAACGAGAACGAGAAGGUGGUGCGGCUGAAUUCGUCCUUCUCUCUGCGCUGCCUGGGGGAGAGCGAAGUGAACUGGCUGUACCCGACGGCCGAGGACGAGAACUCCAACGUGGAGAUCAGGAACGAGGAGACCAACAGCGGCCUGUUCGUGAAGGUGCUGGAAGUGGCCAACGCCUCGGCCGCCCACACGGGGCUGUACACCUGCUACUACAACCACACGCAGACCUUGGACGAGAGCGACGUCGAAGGCCGCCACAUCUACAUCUACGUGCCAGACCCGGAUGUAGCCUUCGUACCACUAGGACUGACAGAUUCUUUAGUCAUCGUGGAUGAAGAUGGCACUUCCAUCAUACCUUGCCGCACAACGGAUCCGGACACUCCUGUCACCUUACUCAACAAUGAGGGGGUGGUCCCUGCCAUCUAUGAUAGCAGACAAGGCUUUAAUGGCACCUUUCCUGGCGGGACCUACGUCUGUGAGGCCACUAUCCGAGGCAAGCCCGUCCGGACCCUCUCAUUUACUGUUUAUGCUUUAAAAGCCACACCAGAGCUGGAGCUCGAGAUGAAAGCUCUGCAGACGGUCUACAAGGCAGGGGAGACGGUGGAAGUGACCUGCGUCGUCUUUAACAACGAGGUGGUCGACCUGAAGUGGACUUACCCUGGGCAAGUGAAAGGCAAAGGAAACAUCAUGCUAGAGGAAAUCAAAUAUCCAAUCAUCAAAUUGACGUACACUCUGAAGGUCCAGGAGGCCACGGUGAAAGAUAGUGGAGAUUAUGAAUGUGCUGCCGGCCACGCCACCAAGGAAGUCAAAGAAAUGAAGAAAGUCACCAUUUCUGUCCACGAGAAAGGCUUCGUGGAAAUCACGCCCAACUUCAGCCAGUUGGAAACUGUCAACUUGCAUGAAGUCAAGAAUUUUGUGGUGGACGUUGAGGCCUACCCUCCCCCCAGGAUCUCCUGGCUCAAAGACAACCUGACUCUGAUAGAAAACCUCACGGAGAUCACCACAGAUGUAGAAAAGAUCCAGGAAAUAAGGUAUCGAAGCAAAUUAAAGCUGAUCCGUGCUAAGGAAGAAGACAGUGGCCACUACACGAUCAUAGUUCAGAAUGAAGAUGAUGUGAAGAGCUAUACUUUUGAACUCUUAACUCAAGUUCCUGCAUCUAUUCAGGACCUGGUUGACGACCACCACGGCUCCACAGGGGGACAGACUGUGAGGUGCACAGCCGGAGGGACGCCUCUUCCUGACAUUGAGUGGAUGAUUUGCAAGGAUAUUAAGAAAUGUAACAACGAGACUUCGUGGACAGUUUUGACCAACAACGUCUCAAACCUCAUUAUGGAGAGCCAGCCCCGAGACAGGAAUACAGUGGAAGGCAGAGUGACUUUUACCAAAGUCGAGGAGACCAUCGCUGUGCGCUGCUUGGCUAAAAAUCUCCUUGGAUCUGAGAACCGAGAGCUGAAGCUGGUGGCUUCCACGCUGCGUUCCGAACUCACUGUGGCCGCUGCAGUCCUGGUGCUCUUGGUGAUUGUGAUCAUCUCACUUAUUGUCCUGGUUGUCAUUUGGAAGCAGAAACCCAGGUAUGAGAUUCGUUGGCGGGUUAUCGAAUCUAUCAGCCCAGAUGGACACGAAUAUAUCUAUGUGGACCCAAUGCAGCUGCCUUAUGACUCGAGAUGGGAGUUCCCAAGAGAUGGACUGGUUCUUGGUCGGAUCCUGGGAUCUGGUGCCUUUGGAAAAGUGGUUGAAGGAACUGCCUAUGGAUUAAGCCGGUCCCAGCCUGUCAUGAAAGUAGCAGUGAAGAUGCUAAAACCCACAGCCAGAUCCAGUGAAAAGCAAGCUCUCAUGUCAGAAUUGAAAAUAAUGACUCACUUGGGACCACACUUAAAUAUUGUCAACUUGCUGGGAGCCUGUACCAAGUCAGGCCCCAUUUACAUCAUUACUGAGUACUGCUUCUAUGGGGAUCUGGUCAACUAUUUGCAUAAGAAUAGGGACAGCUUCCUCAGCCGCCACCCAGAGAAGCCAAAGAAAGAGCUGGACAUCUUUGGAUUAAACCCUGCUGAUGAAAGCACACGAAGUUACGUCAUUUUAUCUUUUGAAAACAACGGUGACUACAUGGACAUGAAGCAGGCAGACACCACGCAGUAUGUGCCCAUGCUGGAGAGGAAGGAGGUGUCUAAGUACUCGGACAUUCAGAGAUCCCUGUAUGACCGCCCGGCCUCCUACAAGAAGAAGUCUAUGUUAGACUCAGAAGUCAAAAACCUCCUUUCGGAUGAUAAUUCAGAAGGCCUCACUCUGUUGGAUUUGUUGAGCUUUACCUAUCAAGUUGCCCGAGGAAUGGAAUUUUUGGCCUCAAAAAACUGUGUCCACCGGGACUUGGCUGCUCGCAACGUUCUCCUUGCUCAAGGGAAAAUUGUAAAGAUCUGUGACUUUGGCCUGGCCAGAGACAUCAUGCAUGAUUCAAACUACGUGUCAAAAGGCAGUACCUUUCUCCCUGUGAAGUGGAUGGCUCCAGAGAGCAUCUUUGACAACCUCUACACCACGCUGAGCGAUGUCUGGUCUUACGGCAUUCUGCUGUGGGAGAUCUUUUCUCUCGGUGGCACACCCUACCCUGGCAUGAUGGUGGAUUCUACUUUCUACAAUAAGAUCAAGAGUGGCUACCGGAUGGCCAAGCCUGACCAUGCCACCAGUGAAGUCUAUGAGAUAAUGGUGAAGUGCUGGAACAGUGAGCCAGAGAAGAGACCCUCCUUCUACCACCUCAGUGAGAUUGUGGAGAAUCUGCUGCCUGGGCAUUAUAAAAAGAGCUACGAAAAGAUUCAUCUCGACUUCCUCAAGAGCGACCAUCCUGCCGUGGCGCGCAUGCGUGCGGACUCGGACCAUGCCUACAUCGGCGUCCCCUACAAGAACGAGGAAGACAAGCUGAAAGACUGGGAGGGCGGGCUGGAUGAGCAGCGGCUGAGCGCCGACAGUGGCUACAUCAUCCCGCUGCCAGACAUCGACCCUGUUCCUGAGGAGGAGGAGGAAGAGGAGGAGGAGGACCUAGGCAAGAGGAACAGACACAGCUCACAGACCUCUGAGGAGAGUGCCAUUGAGACGGGCUCUAGCAGUUCUACAUUCAUCAAGAGGGAGGAUGAGACCAUUGAAGACAUUGACAUGAUGGACGACAUUGGCAUAGACUCCUCGGACCUGGUGGAGGACAGCUUCCUGUAACACCUUACGCCUCCAGAGCCCCCUGGGAUCCCUGCAAGAAAACCACUUUAUUGCAAUGCAAAGUUUGGGAGGAGGACUUGGAUGAUGUGUCAAGAGAAGUUCCCCACCAAGGACCUCAGGGAGCUUUCUAAAUAUGAAUGAGUGGCAUAUUUUGAACUUAACUUUUCCGGCAUUGCCUCUUGCAAUGCUUCAGUAGCAUCUCAGUGGAGUGUCAAGUUUGGAGGUAGAUGGACGAAGAACUAAUGGCCACAGAAGACAAACUUUGGGUUUCAAGGGCAUUGGUGAGAAUCCAACUUAAUGCGAUUUUUACUACAACAAAACUCUAGCAUUGUAAUUAUGUAAAUAACUCUAACCAAGGAUGUGUUUAGAUUUGUAUUCACUGUCUUCUCUGGACUUGUUAAGAGACCACUCAAUUCAUCCAUGUACUUCCUGCUUGAAACUUGGUAUCAGCUGCUGUUGAAUUUUAAGAAGUACAUGCAAAACCACUUUUGAACCUUAAAAGGUACUGGUACUAUAGUAUUUUAACUUUUGUUUUUUAGUGUAAAAGAGAUUAAAAAAAAUAAUUAACCAACCAACCUUGUUUAAUAGAUUUGGGUUAUUUAGAGACCCAACAACCCAUUUUCAUAUUGUAAUCUAUGUUUAUAAUAAUACUACUGUAAUCAGUAAUGCUAAAUGCGUAAUAUCUAACACGUUUUCCCUACAGAGAAAGCACAAUUAGAAAAAAAAUCCUUACUAAGUAGGUGACAAUUUUGACAGUUCUUGACACUUAUAUUAAAUAACAUAUGUUUCUCUAUAAAAUAUGGUAAUAGUUUUAGUGGAUUAAAUUUAGUUGAACAUAGAGAAGAGUAAAAGUAGUGUCUUCCAGGAAGUCAAAGUUUUUAACGGUGCCCUAAUGUUGAAAACAAUAUGUACAAUGAAAUUCCCUCUGAAAUAAUGGGAUUUGAAGCAAACAAAACUCCUGAAUCCCAAAUUGUCUCAAUAAAGGCAUCAUAAGCCUAUACCUGAUAUUAUUUCUCACAUUAUUACCCAAUGAUAAAAAUUAUUAGCAAAAAUGCUGGUGGACCCUAACAUACAGAUAUAUCUUAAUUCUACAAACCCUGACCUCAAAGAGUCAGUAGGAUUCCCAAAGAUUCUGAAUGAUUAAAUCAGAGAUAGAAGAUGGAAGGAACAGGAAUCUGUAUUUUUGUAAACUCCCUGAUCAGGUGUGAAGUACUAGCAUAGGUGACAGGAAGUGGCUUUGGAAAACAGAAAGAUAAUUUGAAGUUUGGUACUGGGUAAGAAGCCAACUAUGCAGAAAGCUGUUUUAACCCCAGGCUUAAGAUCAGUGACCUUUAAUGCCAUCUGUCUAAGCAAUAGCUUCUCUUCAUUGAACUGCCCAGUCUUAGCUGAGGCCCUGAAAGUGAAGUCUUGCUUUGGCAGUGGACUGUCCUGGACUGGGGAAACCAAAUUUCCUUUCUUCAAGCGAAGUUGGGAGCUGAAACGAUGUCAUCCAGUUCUGUAUUGUCAACUCAACAUUCUGAUAAAAAGUGAGGAGUGAGAUAUAGAACACACAGCCACAUCCACCCAGACCAUCAGACCAGUUGAUGAAAGCUCAUUGGCAUUCUGUGCAGUUCUGUUUUGUUGCUGGCGACUGAUGAAUGAAACAUGUGCUGUGAUUUUUGCAAUCAUGGUGCAUGCUCCUGGCAGGUGAGGCUUUGGAAGAUAGAGAAGCAAUAACAAGGUACUUGACUGCCUACUGGUGUCGUCUCAAUGCAAGGCCCAAUAUUCCUAUCUACCUUUUCAUAGUAAGUGUGAAGACUGAGCCAGAUUGGCCAAUUAAAAAAGAAAACCUGACUAGGUUCUGUAGAACCAAUUAGACUUGAAAUACAUUUGUGUUUCUGGAAUCAUAGCUCAAGCAUUCUGUUUAUCGCUCGCUCUCUCUCUCUCUCUCUCUCUCUCUCUCUCUCUCUCUCUCUCUCUCUCUCUCUCUCUCUCUCAUACAGCCUUCUUUUUGUGAGUGCUUAGCAUUUUUGAUGUUCCUUUCAGUCUGGCAUGACAUUAGGAGACUGGAUGAGAAUUCUCAGGCCUGCCAGUCUUUACAAACAUUCCCACCUGUUUGUAUGUGAUUGCAAAAUUUUUUUCAAAUGAUGUUUUCAGGGUAUCACAGAUUUGUUUCCUCUUGUGCAAAGUUCCCAGAUGAAAAUUUCCCAGUCUUUCCUGCUUUGAAUUUCCAUAAAGACAAUCAAAGCUGGCCCGAGAAAGAUAAUUUCUAACUUGCUAAAGGAUCAAUGAUGUGCUUAAAAUGUGGUCUGCCAAUCUGUACAAAAUGGUCCUAUUUUUGUGAAGAGGGACGGAAGAGAAAAUGAUGUUAUACAUCAAUAUGUAUAUAUGUAUUUCUAUAUAGACUUGGAGAAUACUGCCAAAACAUUUAUGACAAGCUGUAUCACUGCCUUUGUUUAUAUUUUUUUAACUGUGAUAUUCCCCACAGGCACAUUAACUGUUGCACUUUUGAAUGUCCAAAAUUUAUAUUUUAGAAAUAAUAAAGAGAAAAAAACACAUUGUGUUCCCAAAACAAUGGUGUGGUGAAUGUGUGAGAAGAAGUAAACUUCAUAGGACGGUUCUACCAAUUUGAAAUGUAUUACAAAUGCCCCUGUUCUUGUUUUUGUUUUAAAAUGUGUAAAUGAAAAUCUUUAUAUUUCAAUAAAUGAUAUAUAUAUAUAAUUUAAAGUUA